AUGAAUGCCUUUCUUCAUAUCCAGAAGUUUCUUCGACGGCGACGAGCUAAGCGGCUACGUGAGCAACAGAAUCUACUGUAUUCUCUCAAUCUACCCUCCUCUUUCCCAUGCCUAAUUGAACCCCAUUUGGAGGAGAGGUGCUGUCAACACUCACCACACUCAAUUGUACGGGAAAUGCAAAUUAUACAUGCUCCUGAGCCUCUACCUUCAUAUAGUCAGGCAGUCAUUACUGCCUUGAGGCCGAGUUGGACACCUCCAGUUGAGAAUAGUACGGUAAGAAUACCCUACCAUACCAUACCCUACCAUACCCUACCCUACCCUACCCUGCCUUAUUUUACCCUACUUUAUAUUACGGUACCCUACCUACAGUAUCCUACUGUAGGAUUCUGAAGUUUAGUCUUCCCUAGAGCAUUUUGCCUUACUGUAUCCUAACCUUCUCUAUAAUACCUCACGCUACCCUACCCUAUUUACAGUCUGCUACACUAGACUGUAGAUAGGGCAGAGUAGCGUACUGCCAAACGAUACUGGGCUUUCAUACCGUCCUUAGUACGUUUAAUACUUUCAUACAGUAUUUCUCACCGUAAUACCAAAAAAUUUCAGUCAGAAGAACCGUUACCUCCAACCUAUUCGGUAACCUGCUUAAACGAGACUUUGGAGCCUUCAGAAGACCUCAAUAAUAAUAUUAAUGGCGGUGAUACUGACUCGUUACUGAAUCGGAUGCCGUGUGAAGAAGGUGCUCCACCUGCUUAUGACCAAAUCGAAAUUGAAAGACAACUUGACCUCAAUCUUAUUGACUCUAGUGCGCAGGCUGCAAAAGGUCCAAAUCGGGCCAGGGCACAAUUUGAAAACCUUCAACCGGCUCCUGAAGUUGGGAUGCAGGCUGCGGGACAUCCGAAUGUCCCUGAUGCUGGGUCGCAGGCUGCAAAAAAUCAUAAUGAAGCUAGGGCGCAAGUUACGAACGAACAGAUCCAAAAUGACUUGCAGACUGCAUCGACUCCAGAAGCUAGGACGCACGUUUCAACCGACUGUGAAGCCAAUGCGCAGGCUGCAAACGAUCAAAUCGAAUCUAGGGCGCAGAAUGCAUAA